AUGUCUGACGUUCCCGGAGACAAUAUUAACGAAAUAGCGGGAGCUCCAACUGUAAAUGAAUCACCCACUACCAAUGAAGUGAAUGCAAUUUUGCACAAGUAUCAAAUACCAUUGACAAUUUUAUCCCUCUCGAUGAGACAAGUCCUCAACGAAGUUUUACCCGCAAUGCCAAAGAAAAUGGUGAGUGCAAGUGGAAAAUUUAAAUUCGUUGAUUAUCAUAUCAUAGCGGGUAAUUGUGAUGCUGCCGAUGGUAUGGCAAAGGCUGCCUUCAAAUUUGGUUACGUCCCAGUCAAAGUGAAUUCCUCCUGUACUGGUACAUCGCGAAGAAUGAGUCGAGACUACGUUAAAUUUGCAUCACUAAUGAUUUCAGCCGUUGAGGGAAAAAUAUCAAAAUUGGAAUUCUAUAAAUCCAUGAUGAACAAUGGAACACUGUCGUUAAGUGAAGAGAAAAUUGAGGGAAUUUUUUCGUCAAAGGAAAAAUGGGGUUUGGGACUGUAUCUCAUAUUUGGAGGACGUGGGAAAGUUAAACUUACUGACUCACGGGGACAAGGUGGUCCAAAUCAAGAAAUUGCUCUAUAUUUUUCAAUUUACUGGUAUUUGAGAUGUAGACAGUAUCCAAUAUUAAAAGAAUAUGUUGUUUGGUUUUUGGGUGGAGCCUCCUCGGGAAAAGAUGGAAAUUCUCAAGUUGCAGGUGCUUACGGUUAUUUGGCUAUUGUUACUGGAGUUUGGAAAUAUUACCAAGAAUUAAAAGAUCUAAACGUGGAGGCAAAAUUAAUGAUGAUGGAUUUGGAUCCUGAAAGCAAGGAGAAUGAGGUUUUUAUUACAAAUCUUUAUUGA